UUAUGGUGGGACAGACCGGUCCUUAUCUGUCCUUUCCCUUGUCCCUGUCCUAUAUGAACCCGCCCAUGAACCCUGCGUUUCUCGUGCUUUUCAUCCACUAAUCCCCGCCAGCGUCCUCCAUGACCGGAGAUAAUCCCUUCCACAGGUCAUCAAAGUGGCGACCACCAGAUGAAACUGAAGAAGAAGAACAAGCGCGCAUCGAAGCAGCGGCGAGGAGCCAAAAGAUAGACGAGGCAAUAGCGAAGGAGGCGAAGGAGAGGCGGCAGAAGAACAAGAGCAUACUGAAGAUGUUGUUGCUCGGUCAGAGUGGAAGCGGCAAGACGACCGUACUCAAGAACAUACGCAUCAUGGGUGACGCCGGAAAAUGGGAGACAGAGCGCAGGCUCUGGCGCGUCGUCGUGCACUACAACCUCCUUCGCGCGGUGAACGAGGUGGCGCGGGCACUCGGCGACGCCAUCGCUCAACCUACAGAGACUGUGCGAACAGAACGUGCUGCGCCGACGACCUUUUCAGCGAGGAGCUCCUGGAACGGGCCCGGACGGCCGUCGACGGACUCGUACAUGUCUUCCGCGACGCCGUGCCAGCCAGACUUCACGAUCCGCCACGGAAUCCUCAAGCUCGAGCUCGCGCCCUUCCGGCAGAUCGAGGCAGAUUUGCAAAAGCUGUUGACUAGGGAGCUCACGGACGAUGGGUGGGCCCCAGGAGACGCUAUCAUGGUUGCCACGCCUUUCGACGACAUACCUCUUGGAAAUAUUGAUCUAUCUCAGGAACAGCAGGCGGAGCUGACUGUUCGCUCGCACGAAGAAUGGAUGAGCAAGGUGUCGCCUCUGCUCAGAGCUGCUGACUCUGGGGCCAGCAACGUCCUCUCAAUCUCCACGAAUAUCAUUAUGUAUCAGCAGCGGGGCGUCAAGGAACUUUGGCAGGAUCCCGUCGUCAAAGCUGCGAUCAAGAGGCGGGCGGUCACGCUUGACAGUUCGGCAGAAUACUUCCUCGAUAAUGUCAGCCGUAUUGCCGCACGAGAUUACGUCCCCACGGACGACGACAUCUUACAUGCGCGUCUGCAUACAAUGGGAGUGCAGGAGUACAACAUCAACCUUCCCGAGCCUCAAGCACAUCCACCUCAAGCCAAAGGCCCCGACAGAGUCGACCCUCAUUUCCUCAAACUGAGGACUAAGCUUGGCGUACGGCAGUGGCGUAUCUACGACGUUGGUGGCUCUAGGAAUCAGAGACAGACAUGGCUGCCAUACUUUGAUGACGCGCAGCUCAUCCUAUUCGUGGCACCGAUCCACUGCUUUGACGAGAACCUCGCCGAGGAUCCCGGCGUCAACCGCGUCACCGACUCUGUCGACCUCUGGAAGUCCCUCGUCAAGGCCAAGCUUCUGGCAAGGACUAGCUUGAUAUUGUUCCUGAAUAAGGUGGACCUCGUUAGAAUGAAGAUCGCUGAAGGGCGGGAUCCCUCGAGGCACGUACAGAAAUACACUGGAGGCUUGGACGCUGAGGCAUAUACCGCUUUCAUGAGGCAGCGCUUUAUCGACAUACACAAAAGAUCUUCUGUCUCUUCCUCUCGGUCGCUGUAUAUGGCAGUAACUAGUGCAGUGAAUUCGAAUCUUACCAGGGCGGCACUUGUAUCCAGUAAGUACCACGUAGAUGUCCAACGCAACUAAUUUCCAAAUGGUCCACAGUGGAGGACGCUAUUUUACGGAAAAACCUCUUUCAGGGUUUGUCCUGU